GGAGCGAAGGCUUUGUGCCCGCCGCCAAGCUGAACCCAGAUGUAUGUGCACGAAAUAGCACGUCUUUAACGAGGUCCUUACGGUUUUUGUAUAAAUCGAGAAAUCAAAUAAUAAUUGUAUGUGAUAGCAGGAUCGAAGUCGUUUACUACUAAUAAGUUUGGUAAAAAAUAGGUGUCGGUUAGUUUGAAUUUUUUGCGGCAAAAUGUUAUCCUGUUGGAGUCGCCAUUUUGGUGAGACCUCUGCCUUCUCCGGAGCUCGUUGUUAACGAAAUAUCGAAAAUCCUAUUUUCCUCGAGGCUUUACGCGUUUAGGAUUCGUUCGUCGGACACUUGGAGCAUUAACGAUGACGGACCAGAAUAAUGCGACGAACUUUGUGAUCCAGGACGUUAACGGGCAAAUGAUAAAGCUGGUUCAGGCCGGAGGAAGACCCUUAAAUGGAAUUGUGGCAUCCGCAAUAUCCGGACAAACUUUAAAGAUAUUAAAGUCGGCACAGACGGACCAGGACAGUUCUCAGGGUAUUAGUACAGGAUCUCAAGUGUUGAAAUUGGGUCCAAAUUCAAAAAUGAUAAAGCCAGUUUCGUUGAAUUCAUUCCGUUACGCUCGCGGAUGCGAGGGAAGUUAUCUACAAAAAAUGAUACGAAUAGCUCCGGCGCAAAUGCAAAACAUUAAAUUAGUCAGUUCGACUUCGCCAAAAGUUCAAAGUAUUCCCGCGCCGCCUGCGACGCCGACGAUGCAACCGAUUUCGCCGGUCCCGUCGCAACCGAAAACGUAUAUAUCGCCGCCGAUCCUCGAUCACACCGGAGCGAGGAAACGUCAGGAUAUCGUCGACACGGAAUGCGCACCUGAGUACAAACGCCGAAAAACCGAAAAGGUCGGCAAGGGUCUGAGGCACUUUUCGAUGAAGGUGUGCGAGAAGGUGCGAAAAAAAGGUACCACGUCGUACAACGAGGUCGCCGACGAACUCGUGGGCGAAUUUACGAACACGUUAAACAACACCGUCACCGAUCAGCAGUACGAUCAAAAAAACAUCAGGAGGAGGGUCUACGACGCUCUAAACGUGCUGAUGGCGAUGAACAUAAUUUCCAAAGAGAAAAAGGAGAUACGCUGGUUAGGUCUUCCGACAAAUUCUCUUCAGGAGUGUAUACAACUGGAAAGGGAGAAGCAGAAGAGGAUUCAAACGAUUAAGGACAAGACGAGAAAGCUGCACGAUUUAAUACUAAAUCAGAUCGCUUUCAAAAAUCUAGCUAUGCGCAAUAAACAGGUCGAACAAGAACAGGGACCUCCGAUUCUUAAUUCCUAUAUUGAAAUGCCUUUUAUUGUUAUUAAUACAAAUAAGAAGACUGUUAUUGACUGUAGUAUUUCUAACGAUAAAUUGGAGUACAUGUUUCAGUUUAACGAUAAAUUUGAAAUACACGACGACGUUUUCGUUCUGAAAGAGAUUGGAAUGCUAAUGGGGCUCGAUAAAGGCGAAUGUACGCCCGAAGAUUUAGAAAAAAUUAAAUCGCUCGUUCCUAAAGCGCUUGAAGAUUAUGUUAUUCAGUUGGCCCACAAAUCGGCCGAUCAAAUUGAAGAAAUCCUCGAGUCGGCCGGUCCCGGCCCCAGUACGGUCUCGUACUUGUCGGCGGAAGAUUGCGUCGAGGCGCAACUCGACGAGGAAAACUCGCUGCAAUCGUCGAGCUUCGAUCCGCUAUCGCCCGCCGGUCAGGACUUUACGGACGACGAGGCCGAGUCGGAUAUGUCGAGCGAUACGGAAACGAAUUAGUUGUACGGAACGUUCGCAGAGAAGAGGAACGAUUGUCGGGGCAAAAAGACGUUUUUUUCGUUUCAAACUAGUGGUUAUAUACAAUCCCAAACCGAACGAAGUCCAUAUCAAUGCUAAGGGUCUGAGUUUCGUUUUUAUGUUAAUCUCACUCAGUUCUUUCAGUAGUUGUUGAUUAUAAGAUUUUAAUGUAGAUUUUUAUUUAAGUCUAAUGUAAAUAGAAGCAGCGAAAACGUCUGGAUUUGAUCUUACGAGAGAUCAGACUGAACCAGAUUUUUCCCCCCCACGUAGUUACACGCUUGGCAUCUGAAUUGGUGUUUUUCAAUUGUCUCUGCCACAAUUUCUUCAAAACAUUUACAGUUUUUGCUUUAUUUACUUCCGUUUUACUUGUUCGUUUUGAAACUUUGAAGAAAUAAAGUGAUAUCUGCAAGUGCUUAAAUGAGAAAAUUUUUAGAAAUGGUCGAUUUUUGUAGUGGACCAAUAUUUUAACUAGAUUUUUAUUCAUUCUUUCGAGUUAGUGGUGAUUUUUCAUGAUUUGUAAAAAUGUACAUAAAUGCCCUUUAUCUUAAGUGGAAUUUAAAAAGUAUUUGUCAAUAAUCAUUAUAUUUUUAUGUAAUUAUUUUGUAUAUACGAUUAAUUGUAUAAGAGUAGUAAAUCUGUAGAGAAAUUUCGAUAAUUUGCUUUUCCCGUUUCAGUGUAUUAUUUUCUUCUUCGGCACAAAUUAGAUAUCGAUGUAAAAUGUCCAAAUGCAAUAAUUUGUAAGUUAUAAAAUAUAAUUUUUUAUCGACGUACAUUAACAUUGUACAGUUAUAAUGCCAUUUUAAGUAGCGUAGUAUUUAAUUUUGACAAAAGUAGUACAACCAAACUAAAGAGGAAAAUUAAAGCAGCCUGUGAUUAUAAACAAAACAAAACUACAUUUUGGUACCUUCACAAUUUUUGGUAAAACAUUAAAUUGAGUUAAUAAAUUAUCUAAAGCGAUUAUUGUAGUUUAUUGAAGAUCUUCGUCGUCGUACAAAUCGUCAAAA